GUGAAAGACAUGAAAACCAACCGUCAGCUUGCUAACACUGUCAGCAUGUGUGCCAAGAUUAGAAUGGUCAUUAGAUCAGAUGAUGAUAAUGAUGAUGAUGACCAUGAUGUCAGGAAUAAGCAACACACAAAUACCAUGACUGGAACAGCUGCAGUAGAGUGGGAGGAGACACAGCCAACACUUGAUCAAGAAAUGGACUCUUAUCAGUUUUCAUCUCCAGAAGUUAUCGUAGCUGCUACGUCAACGAAUAAGUGUGAUGCUGCAGUGCAAGAAAUAUCGUGUAACAAUAAGAAGAUGAUUAAGGAAUCUGUUCAGAUUAAGACUUACACCAGAGCACAGAUGAACAUAAAAAGAAAGGCCGUGCAAAAGGGUGCAAACAGGGCUGAAAAUGAGGAAGGAAAGCAAGAUGGUUACAGUGAUGUUGAACUAGUUAAAAAAGGUGAUGGAAAAAUUUUUACAUGCCAGAAUGGGAGGCUAUCAAGUAGACAAGACGCUAUCAAAGAAAGUACCAAAUGUUCAAGCAAUGCAAGAUCAACCAAGCAAAUGCAAGUCAAACAGAAGUGUUUUGGAAAGCAAGUAACAGAGAGGAAGUUAAAAAAGACAAUUUCUUGUAUUAAUCAUCAGAACAGAGUCCAGGUUGAUCAAAUGAUGAAGCAAAAAUUUGACAAUUUAGAGUUUGGUGUUGAAGAUGGUGAUACCAAUGUCACUUAUGCAGAUGAUGUGGGUAUUGAUGAAAAAUCCUUCACAAGGCUAAGAUCAAGGGAUUCACGUUCUUGUGUGCCUGAGAUAGUGAGAUCUACUGGUAAUAAAGAACAUUCACAUGAUGGAAGUCUUAAAGCAGUAAAAAGUUCUCCAAUGACUAGAGCUCAAAAGAGGAACUUCCAAGGGAAUUCACUGAGCUCUUCAUGUGAGAGCAUGUCUCAGAAUGAGCCAGAUGUUGUCAGGGAUGAUGCAGGUGAAAGAAUGAGUGAUGAACAGGAAAAGAAGAAAAUUACCAAGAAUAGCCAAGAAACUCCUAUAACACCACAAGGGAAUAGCAAAAGAAAGUUGUCAGAACAGCAGCAAUUCUUCAGCCCAAAGAACACAACUUCCUGUUCUCCUGGUGUAAAGAAAAAUAAGCGUGGGGAGACACCACUGCAUGUAGCAGCAAUUAAAGGUUGUGUAGACACAGUCAGAAAACUACUUGCAGAAGGAGCAGACCCUAACACUAAAGACCAUGCUGGCUGGACUCCAUUGCACGAAGCUUGCAACCAUGGUUACCUGAACAUAACUGAACUGCUAUUGGACCAUGGUGCUUUGAUUGACAUUCCUGGUGGGUUUGAUCAUGACUCGCCGCUGCAUGAUGCUGUCGCUAACGGAAGACUGGACAUAGCUGAACUCCUGGUCUCCAAAGGAGCUCCUUUAGAUGUCAGGAACAAACAAGGUCUCCUUCCAAAAGAUUAUGCAGCAACUGAAGAAAUGUUAGCCAUCUUAUCUACAUCAACUCCAAACAAAGAAAAUGAAUCAUCAUCAGUGAUCACAUCACUACUGCAUGGCAAGGGUACUUAUGAUUCACCUAAAGUUUUGCUUGCAACUGGCUUAAACUCAGAACAAAAGGCAAAUCUGCAAAAGUGUGCAAGCAUUCUCAUGGCAAGCAUUGUCAAUGAAUUUUCUCUCUCUGUGACUCACAUUGUAACUGCCACAAACAACAAGAAAGGAAUUUGCCCAAGGACUAUAAAGUAUUUGAAUGGUGUGUUAACUGGGAAAUGGAUAGUGAGCUAUGAGUGGAUAGUAAAAUGUCUGCGACACAAAACCUGGGCAGAUGAAGCACCCCACGAGGUCAAGGGUACAAAUGAUGCUGCUGUGGACACUCCCAGAAGAGCUCGCAUCAAUUCAGUUAAACAGCUUCCUGGUUUGUUUGAUGGUUGCCAGUUUUACUUUAGCGGUGAAUUCUGCCCACCACACCCUUCUAAGGAAGACCUUGUUCAGAUGGUCAAGUAUGGCGGUGGCAAGAUCCUUUCACGUGAACCAAAACCAGAUAUCGACGAGUCUCUUCGUUUACCUACAACACGUGAAUCUAACAAGGCGUCUAACAAUGCAGUUACCUUCGCUCCCAUUGCUUAUCAUGCAAACCCCUGCUCUAAACAGUAUCGAUGCACUCGGUACGUCAUCUAUGAUUCACUGGCUGAAAAGAAGCCCCACAUCAGGCAUACUGAUUCUGUUUGUAGCAUGCCCUCAACAUGGCUCAUGGACUGUGCUUCCAACUUUGCAAUCUUAGAUUUAGAAUGAGCAGUCUUUGUUAACCUCUUGAGUACCUUCACGACGUAAUCGGUGCAUCAUGAUGUGCUAAUAUUACCGAGUACAUCAAACUUUUAAGAGAUUUAGUCACUCCCAGCACACUGGAAACAACUCCUAUCAGCAACUAAGAUUUGUACGUUUUUUGGAGACCGCUGAUUACCCAUUGUUGUGACGUCAUAUGAAUAUCAAAUUGCUUCAACCUCAGUGAAUUUAGCCGUAUUGAAGAAACACUUUAAUAACCUUUCAGAAAAUAAUUAUUUACAUGUCUGUAGUUUAAGUGAAAAUAAGCUUUUACAGCAUUUGAAAUUUCAACUAGACACCCAUUUUCAGUGAAAAUGGUGUGGCACACCACGUACACAAUGGUCUAGCACUCAAGGGGUCAAGUACGAUCAUCUUGCUCCUAGAUGAGCCAUUCUUAUUCCCAAAGGUUGUAAUCCUUCUGGGUCAGCACAAGUAAAAUAUUAUCAUGAGACAUACCUGCAGCUGCAAUGAAUUUUCAAACUGGAACAACCCAAUUCUUGUUGUGUACCUAAAGGUGUCAUGGCCUCUGAGGACUAAAAAUUAAUGUGUAUUAAAUCAUUUUAGCUAUGGUUGAAGUAUGGCCAAAACCAGGUGCAAUUAAUGUCAAGGAGGUGUCCAACUGGAGAUAAUGCACCACCUAAAAAUUAUUUUAAAGACUUCUCCUCAUCUAUUAGCCCUCUGUACUGUCUUUUCUCUAAGCUCCACUCAUUUUACAGAGCAAUAGCAUGUGGAAAGAGGCUUCUAGUAGAUAUUAAAAUAAUUACUUCAACAGUAUUUCUUAGAAACAUUUGCUUUUAAUUUCUUGUUUCAACAUGUUAUCUAUUUGACAUUGUAAUUUACAACUAAUCGAACUAAACUAAAAAAAAAAAAAACACAAGAGAAAUUUGGUUAACUAAAACCAAGUUUGACCCAAAUGUUUUGUUUUGUUUUAUUUUCUUACAAAAAAAACAACAACAACACUUGAAUGCAAAAGAGAAAGGGCAUGAGUUGGAUAGGUGUGAAGGAGGAGUGAAACUUGAAAUCUCUAUCACUAUGGGACCUAAUGCUGAUUGAAUGGCUUUGUCAAACAGCUAUUGAUUCACUUAAAAUUAUUCCAACCUAUGUUUAAUUUUAAUAUCAUGUAAUUCCUAGUAGACCAUACUAUUGCAAACAAAUAAGCUGUUGUUAUAGUCUAAAUUUUAGCCUUUGUCUUCCCCAAGAAAGCAUGCUACAAUAUAUACUGAUUUUACAGGGAGAAGACACUGUUAUCUAGCUCAAUCAUCCAGAAACAAUAACCUCUCUUCUCAACAGACAGAAAUGACUUGAAUUUAGGUUAAAACAAUGAAACCAAUUCAAAUCAAUUUUAAGUAUUUAGUAUCGACAGAGCAGGAAAUUUACAUUACGAUGUCAUUUGGCUAUGAUCAACACAAUCUAAAAUUUUGCUAGUGUCUUCAUAGUACCACUAUCUAAAACACAAACUAGCAAUUGGCCAUUAGAAGCAAAAGCAGGAAUGUGAUAGAAUAGCAAAACCCGCCAGUUGUCAGAAAAGUUAAUACUUGAAACCUUAAUGAGAAUGAUGUACUUCAGAGUAGAAGAAACCUUUAAAAUAAACAUGUUACCAUUCACUCAAGGUUUAAGAGCAUAACCACUCUAUGCCAACAUGAUUUUAAGUUGUUUUUUUUCAAGUUUCUUGGGCUUGGAUUUGCCUGUUGUUGUUUUCAUGUGGCCUCCAACAACUUUUUCACAUUUUUAUAUUUCACCGAAAAAAUAACAAAAAAGUCACUUAAAUUCAACAUUAGCUGGUUAUGCCCAAACCCUUCAAAAGACUUGGUUGAAAACAAAUCUUACAGCCCAUAACAUGAGAGGGCAUCUGAAUAUUAGUUAACAAAACAUUUGGGACAUCAGUUAAUCAAAACUUGACAGUUUAAUAAUAAAAACUGACUAAACUAUAUAACAAUACUUGGUUUUAAUAUUUUGUGAAACUUACACCCAGGUCAAUGAUCAAAACUUUGCCAUUACAAAAAAUUGUCAGGUGAUCAGUUGCAAUUGAUUUAUUACUUUAAACCUGAACAGAACACAAAAACAAAAUUAUGCUGCAUAUUCCUUUUUAACUGCCUUGUUUUAGACAUGUAAUGAUUACGGCGGUUAGCACAUUAAAAGCCACAAAGUUACAGGCAAGUAUGAUGCAAAAAAUAUUGUUCCCACAUUACUCCACUGUAUAUUAUUAACACUAUUAAGAAAAACAUG